GCGGAGGAGGAGCCAGUGUUUGAGGACCGGGUCACUGGUUUCACUUAGACUGUCUCUGUGUUUGUAGCUCGUUCCUUUUGGGUGGAGUUGGAGUUUGUUGUCUUCAAAAAAUGAUUAGAACUUGUCUUUUAGGGCUCAGAAAUGUCUCCAGGCGAGGACAUGUGCUCUCUACCGCUUCUGCAAGGCUACAACACAGUGAUUCCCAGCAGCUUGGGCAGCCUGUCUCCUCAGCCCGUCCAGAGACCUCCAGCGCCAAGACCCUGAUGGACAUUGGGACCCGGCGGAUCUUCAACGAGGACCAUGAUAUCUUCAGACAAAGUGUUCGACGCUUUUAUCAGGAAGAAGUGGUUCCGCAUCAUAAGGAGUGGGAGAAAGCUGGUCAGGUGAGCAGGGAGGUGUGGGAGAAGGCUGGUGAGCAAGGCAUCCUGGGAAUAAUGAUACCAGAGAACCAUGGUGGCAUCGGAGGAGAUGUGCUUUCUGCUGCUGUCAUGUGGGAGGAGCAGAUGUACUCCAACUGCACAGGCCCAGGUUUUGCCUUGCACUCUGAUAUUGUAAUGCCUUACAUCAGCAAAUAUGGCAGCAAAGGCCAGACUGAACGCUUCAUUCCCGAGAUGACGGCUGGGAGAUGCAUCGGUGCUAUUGCCAUGACAGAACCAGGAGCGGGCAGUGAUCUUCAAGGAGUGAAGACGAACGCCAAGAGGGAUGGCAGUGACUGGAUCCUCAAUGGCAAUAAGGUGUUCAUUACAAAUGGUUGGAUGGCCGACCUGGUGGUGGUGGUGGCUGUGACAAACCCAGAGGCGAAGACGAUGGCACACGGCAUCAGUCUGUUUCUGGUGGAGAACGGCAUGAAAGGCUUCCAGAAAGGACGCAAGUUGGAGAAGAUCGGUUUGAAGGCCCAGGACACGGCUGAACUGUUUUUUGAGGAUGUGCGCCUCCCAGCUGAUGCCCUCCUGGGGGAACUCAACAAAGGAUUCUACUACCUGAUGAAUGAACUGCCUCAGGAGCGUCUGGUGAUUGCGGGCAUGGCCUUAGCAAGCUGCGAGUUCAUGUUUGAGGAGACCAGGAACUACGUGUUGCAAAGGAAGGCCUUCGGCAAGACGAUUGCUCACCUGCAGACUGUGCAGCACAAGCUGGCAGAGCUGAAGACUGAGAUCUGUGUGGCCCGAGCCUUCAUAGAUAACUGUCUUCAGCUGCAUGCUGAGAAACGCUUGGACUCUUCCACAGCUUCCAUGGCCAAGUACUGGGCCUCUGACCUCCAGAACCAGGUGGCCACUCGGUGCCUGCAGCUUCACGGAGGCUGGGGCUACAUGUGGGAAUAUCCCAUCGCCAGGGCGUUUGUGGACUCCCGUGUUCAGCCCAUCUAUGGAGGCACCAAUGAGAUCAUGAAAGAGCUCAUCGCCCGCAGCAUUGUCAGCCAGAAGUGAGAAAUCAGGAUGUAGUGGUGCAGCACUUGGGGGAUUGUGGUGGUUUGCACGGAUGUUAUUGAUUAAAGUACAUUGAACAGUCGUAGAAAAUCAGGUACUACUAGUUUGUGCUGUAACUUCAAAGCAAAUUGGGGAGGUUAAGUGCCUUGCUCAAGGGCACAUCAGCCAGCUAAUGAAGGGAGGAGAACUGAAUAAUCACUUCAAAGACUUGUUCUAUGUAUUUAGCAUGAUCCUGAAAUUAUUUGUGGCUGCUGUAAAAUGUAAAAUGAAAUGAGGCUGGAAUGUCCAGGCUGCAUUUCGUUUCUCAGUGAAGCUUACUGCAGCACGUUUACAGGGUUGGUGCACAAGGUGACAAAUAUAUGAGAAAGCUUACAUGUGCAGUACUGCUAAACACUUUAACAAAAUAUGAGUGACAAAAUAACGAUCAUAUUUUUAUGUCUUUCUCUGGCCAUUUGCAGCUUGCUGUGGCUUUAGUUGUAUAUGUUGCAAUGAAAAAUAAUUCCCAGUAAAAAGCACUCAAAAUAUUUUUGUGAGUGAACGUGUCAUUAGCUGCUUGUGUGCGUGUAGUUGAAAAAGAAAUGUACUUUUUCAGAUCAAUGUACGCUCAUGAACAACACGUCAACACUUGAUGAAAUAAAUGCGGUGCACACUGUGUUCAACUA